GAUAUUUUUUUGAGGAAUAUUACGUAGAAGUUUGUUUACGUUUAAAGUUCUCUAAAAAAAGUUCCUAAAAAUCAAUUUAAAGUAGAAUAUUAAUUGCGUAUUUAACUCACAAAAUAAUGGCAAAUGCAGGAAGACCAGCAUAUAUUAAUUCUGAUACACGAUUAGAAGGAGAGAAGCGAGUAGUUCCAGGAUUUCUUAAAAAUAUUUUAAAACGCGAUGUAGAAUUGACAAAAAGAUUUGUUUCGUUCUUGCUUAAUUUUGUUCAAAUUCGAAGUUUCAAAACUCAUUGCAAGUUUUUAGAAUGGUCUUGUCAUGGAAUCGUUUGGUUAGCUGGACUCAUAGCUUUCACAUAUAUGUUUGAUAACAAGGAUCUCUAUCAAAUGCAAGUCAACCUCUUCAUGGCUUUAAUUAUUGACAUUUUUGUUGUUGCAAUCAUCAAAGCAAUUGCAAGACGACGUCGACCAUCCGUGAAUGAUGAUCCAUUCUGCAUUGGUCCUGAUGUUUACUCUUUUCCAAGUGGCCAUGCAUCUCGAGCUAGUUUACUUCUAGGAUUCUUCACAUGCCUGUUUCCAUUUUCUUAUUUCGUUUGGCCACCACUCUUUGCUUGGUGGUUUUCGAUUUGCAUUUCAAGGUUGCUUCUCUACCGUCAUCACAUCCUUGAUGUAGUAGGCGGAGUAUUUAUUGGAUUCUUUGAGGCUUUCAUAAUGGCUAUAAUUUGGAUUGGUCCAGAUACAGCUAGGUCACUCAUCAAAUGGAUCUCUGAUGAAAAAAACAUUGGAAAUGAUGCUGAAAUUAUUUAAACGACAUCAACAAAGACUUUAAUUUCAUGUUGACUUUUUUAAUUUGAUGUUUUCAAAUUUGUUAUGAUCAUCAAAGCUAUGAAAAUAAAUGAAACUUUUUGAGGUAGAAAACAAUAAUGAAA